UCCUCUUUAUCGGUUGUAUUGUUAUCAAAUCGAAUCACGUUGGCAUCAAAAUGGCGAUUCAUAGUAGAACGAGUUGAUAAGUCGACGGUCGACGAUGCGGCUGGAAGCGAGCGAAGUACGGAUAAACACGCGUACUGACGUCCAAAAGGACACGUUUUGUUGUUACAGCCGCGUGGUUGACACGCCGGCUGUGUGAUGAGCACAGCUGACAGGAAUGCCGCAGCAGACAGGUGUACGUCGAGACUUGAAGAGAGUCCCUGAAGAGACGGACAUCAUGGUUGUUCGCCCGAAACAUAAUUCUAGCUAUAAAAAUCGAGCUAUUUGCGAAGAGCAAGCUGUCUUGUUGAUAGAUGCAGUCACGAAAUUCGCCUUCAAGUGCCCAUCGUACAUGAUCGACCCGACGUCCGCAGACAGGACGCUAAAGUGCGAUAGCGAUGAUGACUUGGACGUAGACAGAGAUAGAGAAGAAACACUUUCGAUAGAGCACAGUGUUUCGACGGAGCUGAAUUUGGUCGGCUUGCAAGUGUGGAGAGGCGCGUUCCUGUUGGCCGACUACAUCUUGUCGCACCCGGAUUUGUUCAAGGACCAGAUAAUCUUGGAAUUAGGAUCAGGAGUCGGAGUGACCAGUAUCGUGGCGAGUCACUUGGCCAAGGAAGUCAUUUGCACAGAUAUCAACAUCGGUGAUAUAUUGAGUCUGAUCGAGCGGAAUUUCCUGAGAAAUCACAUGCACGUCAGGUCCGGUUAUCGCAUAGAGGAGGUGAAUUUUCUCGACUUGGAGUGGUCGAAGAAAUUGGAGGAGAGAUUGCAAGACGCAAAUAUUAUAUUGGCUGCGGAUGUAGUUUACGACGACAAAAUCACGGAUGGAUUUGUCCGCACGUUAUCGAAACUUUUGUACACGAAGAAGAAAAAGACCGUUUACGUCGCUCUGGAGAAGAGGUACGUGUUCACUAUUGCCGACUUGGACACCGCUGCACCGAUGUACGAGGAGUUCCUACGCUGCAUCGAAAAGUACAGGAUGAACUGGUCUGUAGAUUAUAUAAGUAUAGACUUUCCGCGCUACUUCAAGUACGACAGAGUUAAACAUUUGGUUUUAAUGAAAAUACAAAACAAUACGAAGUCCAUUGCGUAUGCAUAGCAAGCAAC